CAAAUAUCAUCUGGUAAAUUUUUCCCUUUAAAACAUUUCGCUUUUCGCGACCGAUAAAAAAUACCAAAAAAGUUAAAUAACACACUCCACGAAAUAAGAAAGAGAUUGAAAUGUUAUCCUCAAAAAUUCGAAUUGCGUUUAAUCGACAAAAUGCCGCUUUCAUGUGUUUACAAUCAAAAGCGAAUGGGUCAUCGGUGCUUACACCACUCUCGGCGUCCAGUAAUCGAGAUCUGCACAUCGAACACUGCAGGAGGCCAAUCCGAACACUCGAUCCAACGGUUGUCUCAAAAUUGACACCUCUCAUGGGAAUGGGGAGCGUUCGUUUUGCCAGCGAAGACAUCGCUGGAAAAAACAUCGUCGAUCUCACACAAAUCCCCGAAGCACCUCCCAUCCCAGAACCCCUAUCGGUGACUGAUGCCGCGGUUGAGGUCCUAAAUGCAGCUGGAGAGCCAACAUUCGCCUCCUUGGGUCUGGGUGGCUGGACUCCUGUGGGCAUGGUCCAGAACUGCAUGGAGUACCUGCACAUUGGCUUGGAUUUGCCUUGGUUCGCAGCAAUCGCUAUUGGAACGUGUGUGGUUCGAACACUCAUCUUCCCACUGGUCAUAGUUUCGCAGCGGAAUGCAGCAAAAAUGAACAACCACAUGCCUCAGCUGCAAGUUCUGCAGCUGAAGAUGACCGAAGCCCGUCAGACGGGCGAUGCCAUCCAAAGCGCACGCUACGCCCAGGAAAUGAUGCUCUUCAUGAAGGAGAAAGACUUGAACCCAUUGAAGAACAUGGUUGUGCCCCUAGCGCAAGCACCACUCUUCAUUUCCUUCUUCAUGGGUUUGCGAGCUAUGGCCAACACCCCAGUGGAGUCCCUCCGCGACGGAGGACUCUGGUGGUUCACAGAUCUGACCGUGGCAGACCCCUACUUCCUUCUGCCAGCCAUCACAAGUGCCACCCUCUAUCUGACCAUUGAAAUCGGAACAGACAGCGCCCGUCUCUCCGCCCAAAACAUGCAUCUAAUGAAGUACGUGCUGCGUGCCCUACCCAUUGCCAUCUUUCCCUUCACCAUGAACUUCCCAGCGGCCAUUCUGUGCUACUGGACCUGCAGUAACUUUAUUUCAUUGGGACAGGUUGCCGUCCUGAAGAUUCCCGCCGUGCGGGAGUACUUCAAGAUCGACAAAAUGGUCACCCACAGUCCCGAAAACCUGCCCAUGAAGAAAAAGAAGAGCGGCUUCGUCUCUGGGAUUAAGGAAUCUUGGAGCAACAUGAAAAUCACCCGACAGAUCGAAGAACGACAGCAACUGGAUCAAAUACGCUUCGCCAAGGCAGGCAGAGGUCCCCUCGUCAAGACAUUCAAGUAUGAUCCCACCAAAGCUCCACCCGCUGCGGCGGCGAUGGAGACAAAGAGAAAGGAUUAAUAGAAACACAUCCAACACCUCAGUGUGUGGGCUUUAUUUAUUAGCUUUAAGGAAUUAAUUAACAAUCUUGUAUAUGUACAGAAAUAAACACUUUGGCGCUAAGUGCUUUUGUUAGGAAAA